CAGCGCGUAGUUUACCUGCGAACAUCCGGAGAUUAGUCAGGGACCGUUAUAAACCGUGCGGGGCAUGGGCUCGGGGCCACAGCCGGCUGGCAUCUCGUGUCUCCACCUCGCCCGGAAGCUUCGUUCCGCCUGGGUCCCGGCAGCGAUGGGUUGCUCUCUCCGUCUGUUGUGCCUCCUCCCGUGCCUGGCCCAGGUGGGCGCCCAGUGCUCCCUGUCACGGCAUGUGCUGCACGUGGAAAAGGAAGGGUGCGACUUCUGCCUGACCAUCAACACGACCAUCUGCGCCGGCUUCUGCAUGUCACAGGACGUCAACAUCAAAACCCUUCUGCCAAAGAUGGCCCUGACGCAGAGAGUCUGCACCUACCGGGAGAUCGAGUACAUUUCCAUAAGGCUACCGGGAUGUCCAGCCAACAUUGACCCCAUUUACAGGUUUCCGGUGGUCCUGAGCUGUGUGUGUAGCCAGUGCCUGACCGAUACGACAGACUGCACCAGUGGAAUCGAAGCACCCUUCUACUGCACCAAACCUCAGUGGAACAUCCCCUCCUCUCGCUCUCCCAUUCUCUCCCUCUCAGGUAACACACAGCAGCAGGAGGGUCUUCCUGUUCUUCCUCCGUUCUAUUAGAUCUUCAUUGAUCCUCACGUACCUCUUCCUCACGAUCAGAUUCACUUAUCACAUGAAAUACGUCAUUCACGCCCACAACCAACGUAUCAUACGGGGGGUGCUGGGGGCAGCCCACAAGCAUCGUCACCCAUUCUAGCACCAACACAGCAUGCCCACAAUGUUCAGCAAACCACACAAACAGCAGCAGCAAAACAAGCCCCUUUCCCACCCCCAAUCAUCCAACCUCAGGACAGCCAAAUCCAGGCCUCCAGCCUUCCCAGCAGGCUCACAAACUUCGGCCAUCAGACCUGGACUUCUGGUCGACCCCAGUAUUUCCUGGGAUCCCGUACUCUGCUGACAUGCUUACCUGGGGGCCUCCUGCCUGCAAGGACCGCCAGCCUGGGGGUCCAUUAGCCAUUGUACUUGCUGGGCUUUGCCUAGAAAGCUUAAGGGCCCAGAAUGUCCAACAAAGCCUUUUUUGCACGUCCUCAACUGACCCUAAAUGUUAAGCUGACCCUUAAACUCUACUCUGUCCCUUCCCUGCGCCGUAAUCCUUUGUUCAACAGAAAUCCAUCAGUCAUUCGCUGAUGAUUGAUCAUACACAGGACCCCAGCAGCUUUUUGAAAAAGAGCUCAAGAAUUCAGCAGCCAACCACUUCAUGUAAAAGUGCAUCCAAAAGCAAGUCUGACUCACUAACUGGUGUAAAACUGCAGUUGCAGACAGUGGCCAGCAACUGGCAGUAUAGGUCUACUUUUCCCCAUUGCUCCAUAACCUAUUGAGGUCCACCGGCAAAGAUUUAUUGGCAUCUUGUAAAAAUACAAAUCAUUGGUGCAGAAAAUUAAAGAGAUGAGCAAUUAUUGUAUUUAAAUCAAAUCCAACUUAGAAACACUUUAUAGAUGUGUAAUUAAUGUUUGCUGUUUAAUUUGUUAAGCACCAGAUUCACCCUCCAAGAUCGGUGAGGUUCCAUGAGGACUGAAUUGUCUGUCUGCUCAAUCUUCCUUUAAUGAUCCUCUGUUGAAACCUUUGUCUCCUGAACUUGAAUCCCAAGUGUUGUCUGAGAUACUUUGAAAUUCCAAAGUUCUGGUUACGCAUGCAAGGUUUUCAGAAUCUUCCA